AUGUUCGCAGCAAUCCCACCAGCACAGCCCUACGCCUUCCAAGCGUCCUGCUCGCAUUAUACGCCAAUGCAUCCGUCUCCAUUGUCGCCGCGCAACUCGACGCAUGCCUCACCACGGCCAAUGAACGGGGUUUCCUCCGCAUCAACAGGAUCUACCGAACGUCGCGCAACAAGCAACACGGACCGAGCAGACUCGGCAUCAGCCCAAGCACACAACUUUUCCUUCUUUACAGAAAACACGGACUCUACCGCGACCGCGACCACAAAAUCAAGUCCUUUCUCCUCGCGCUCCCGUUCCUCGCCCACCUACGCACAGCGCUACGCAACCCUCUCCAACCCCCUCAACAAUGACUCCCGGACAUACGCCACCUCGACCUCGCCAUCCGCGCGCAACACACGAAGGACCGUCUUUCUCAAUCGAAUCAAGGCCGACCGCGACGGGGAGCGGUUUGAGAACCGCGGCGAGCAGCUGAUGAUGAUAGAACAUAUAGCGGAGCAAAAGCAGUGGGGGGAGCUGAUGCGAAGGCGGGCGGACGGGCUCAUGGAGGCGUAUCAGCUGAAUGAGGAUCUAGUGGAGGACAUGGAUGGUAUUGAUGAUGCGGAUGUGCGUGCUUUGGACGAGUAUGUCUCGGAAGAGCAGGCUAUGGAAACUGCGCUGUUGGAAACGGUGCAUGUGCCAUUCGGGAAGACGGGAAGAACGCACGAUGCGAGCUCCUCGUUCAGUGAUGAGGAGUACGAUGAUAUUUUCAUGGGUCUGGCUGAUCAAGUACCGCAGAGCCAGGAUAUGGAUAUGUCGAGUGGAUGA